CGGACUUGUUGCAGCGCAGCGCAGGCAGGCGACUUCGACUUCGACUUGAACUCCAACUUCAACUUGCUGCACUUCUUGGACGUGGAAUAAUAGAAUAUCGAGGCUCAGUAUUCGGGCGCUGUUGAGGGUUCUGCGCCCGUAUAUCCGCGGGAAGUGUACCGUGGCUAUUUGUGCGGCUGUCAACGAGACUUUGAAAGCGAUAUCUCCAGAAAUGGCCUAAAAUUUACCUAUACCGGCAGAAGCGUGCUGUCAGUCGACGGUGGCACAGGAUUUGCACAACAUCAAUAUUCCACUGUACCGCAGCCGCUACUACCACGAUACGAGGGAGCCCUCCCUCAAUCAACGAGCCACAGACUGUGACACGCUCGUCCAAACCACGGCCGGGCCUCUUCGUAAUGAAGCCCUCCGAUCAGGCGCCAUUAUUCCGUCGAACAUCUUCAACACCUCAUUACCAGACCUUUGGCGGCAUUACGCCUCCCAAAUCUCGAGGGAGGCCACUGUCCGACUCGUCCCACUCGUCCAGCCAUGACCUCCGUGCGCCUGAAAGAAACCGACGAAACCAGACUUCACCUUUACCCAAGAAACAAAUGGCGAUCUUGGCGGUGAUAGCUUUGUGCGAACAGACCGCGCUCAAUUCGAUCAGUCCCUACCUUCCCGAGAUGGCGUCGACGUUUCCUGAAGUGAAGCCGGGACAAGUGGGCUUCUAUGUUGGAAUGAUAGCUUCAGCAUUCGCGCUGGCACAAUUGACCACCAACUUCUUCUGGGGAUGGCUGUCAGACCAUAUUGGGAGAAAGCCAGUGAUACUGAUGGGCACGCUCUUUACUGCCGGCUGCUUCAUUGCCUUUGGAUUCGUCAAGACCUUGCCCCAGGCGCUCGUGGUUCAGGCUCUGAUGGGAUUGUUGAACGGCAACCAGGGUGUUGUGUCAACGUGUCUAGGGGAGAUUACAGAUCGCAGCAAUCAGUCCAAAGCGUUUACUUAUUUGCCCGUGAUAUACGGGCUUGGGGGUAUCACAGGGCCCGUCAUCGGCGGAGUGCUGGUAUAUCCGCGAAACCCAUUUAACAAGGCGAAACCCAAUCCCUAUCCUUUCCUUCUGCCCAACCUGCUCUCGGCGGCCAUUUUGUGCGUCGAUUUCGGGCUUACAGCGUUCUUCCUCGAGGAGAGCUUGGAAGAAGCGCCGUACCUCGGUCCGAUCACGCAUCGGAUCAAGAACCUGUUCGCAUGGCUGUGGGAAUUCACGUCCUCAAGCAGACCGCAUUAUCUACGGAGGCGUUCAAGCAAGAAGCCCCAUCACCAUUCUCACAGCAACGGACUGGUCGAGGUCUCGGAUGACGAGGACAAUGACGGCUCCGUUGACCACCCCGGGUUAUUCCCCGAGACGGAAGAGCUGAAGAGCAGCGAUGUGCUCAAUCGAGACACCAUCCUUCUUCUCCUGACGUACCUCAUCUUCCAGCUAUCGAAUAUUUCGUUCAAUUCGUUGUAUCCCAUUUUCGCGCAAGCGCCUCCUCCCACCGGCCGCAGUCUCGACCCAGAAGAGAUAGGGCUUUCGCUGGGGUUCGCCGGCGUCGUGACCAUCUUGUUCCAGGUAGGCGUGUUCGGCAAGCUCCGGGACAAGAUGGGCAAUCGGUGGGCGUACCGUGCCGGGCUCGGCGGGUUUGUGAUUGCUUAUCUGUUGAUGCCGUGGGUCGGAUACAAGGACAAGGGUGACGGCCAAGGAGCCAUCACGUUCGGCGCCGCUUGGUUGUGGAUCGAGAUUUGCGUCGUGCUUCUUAUCAAGACCGUCGCCGCUGUCGGAGGUCUUACGAGUGCUCUGUUACUGAUCACGAACUCUGCUCCCAACCACUCUGUCCUUGGAACCUUGAAUGGCCUGGCUCAGACCCUCUCCGCAGCGGGGCGAGCAGUCGGCCCAUUCGUGUCGGGCGGCAUCUUUUCUCUCGCCACAAAGGUACAGCCCAAGGGCGAGGCUCUGGCGUUCGGCGCCUUUGGCGGCAUCGCGUUUAUCGGCUUCUUGCUUAGCUUCGGCAUCCGGUCGCCCAGUCUCGAGGCCGAGGGUUGGGAAUCUUCUUCUGCUGAAGAAGACGAAGAAGAUGUUGACGUCGACGACAUCGAUGAUGACUCUGACCACGGAUCCCGUAAGUCAGGGGAUGAAGAACGGUAGCAGCAAAAAAGAGGAACUCCUGUUGUGAAUCAGGAUGAACGAAAAGAAACGAAAAGAAGAGAAGAAAAAAGAGUCAAAUGCUUUUUGGUUUUGAUAUUAACGUGAUAUGUGAUAUAAUGUUGUAACAUGUACAUUGGCAAGAAAUAGAUGCGAUGAGACACACGCUUCACUAGCGAUGGAGUCUAGAGAUGGACUUUGGAAAAAAGGGAUCGGUCGAGGUCAGGUAAACAAAAUCAAAAAAAAAUCCAAGACUGGUUCAUUGACAGCCCAUUUUUGAGGGUCCUGGAACGCAGCGGUCCGUUUCGUCGUCCUCUUUCUGUAGGUAGUGAGUGUAAUGAUCGAACUCAAGAGGUUCACGAGUACCAUAGAAAGUACUGCGGUCAUUGCAUUUAGCCCUGUAUUGGGACACCAGGAACUACCUAGGUACCUUGGGGAGUUUCUUUUUCCUAUUUCAUAUAUUUUUUCGACCCUCAGCGUCAAGUACUCUAGUUUCACACCGACUGCCAGAACGCGCUGAAAGGAGAGCUCUUGA